UACAUAUAGAUUACAGAUCUGAGCUAAUCGGGACGGCUAUAUAAGAGGGCGACGGUGAUCAAUCAGCUUAGAGAGCCGCAUAAUGAAGAGCCUGACGUUAUUGGCGCUAUUGUUCUUGGCCACGUUGGCCUUUGUCCACGCUGGCAAGGUAACCAUCAACGGCAAGUGCGUAAACUGCUCUCAUGAUCCAACUACUACCACCACCACCCACAAACCCACAACUGGAAAAGGAAGCAGAGGUAGGACGACAGCCAAGCCCAGCUCCAAAUCACCUCCAUCCCGCGGUCGCUCAUCAUGGGAUGACGAUGAUGAUGAUCUCGCCGGCGGCUGGUCACUGCAUCAAUCUUCUGGAGGAAGUCAGUACAUUGGCAGGCGUUCCAAACGCCAGUCGCGCGGUGGUCAGUACAUCGAUUUGGGUGGAUCUGGCUUAGGCGGAGGAGGAGGCGGAGGAGGAGGCGGAGGAGGAGGCUGGCCAGGAUCUGGCAUAACCACCAUCGAUGCCAGAGGCUAUCCCGGCGGAACCCUGGUGCGCAACAGCGAUUGCGUCGGAUGUAAUAUUCGUGGAUGAAAUCAAUAAAUUAUU